AUGAAUGAUUAUAAGCGAUUUGUUGAACAAGGAAAUACGUUUUGCUAUCAACGAGAAUAUAGCAAAGCUAUAGCUGCAUAUACAUCUGCAAUUCAAUUAAAUCCACAUCCUUCUGCUCUUGCUAUUAUCUAUGAAAAUAGAGCAUAUUGUUACAUUAAACUUGAAAUGCUUCAUAAAGCAAAAGCAGAUAUGCUUGCUGCUCAAGAUAUGAAUGCGGCUAAUUUUAUUACACCUACUACUCAAGUUUCAGAAAUUUAUGAAGAUUCAUUUUUCCACAAGACAUAUGUACCACCAAAAAUACAAAAUGCUUUCAUGCAUCUACAACACUUAGCAUCUCUUCAUUAUUUAACUACAAAUUCAGAAAAAAUUGACGAAAGUGAUGAAAAUAAGAAAAAUAUCUUAACAAUCCGAGGUGAUGCAUUUGCAGAAAGUCAGCAGUACAAGGAAGCCGUUUUAGAUUAUACAAAUGCGCGUAAAUAUAACGAUGAUCCAAAUUUUUUAGCUUCAUUAGCUUAUUUUGCAGUUCUUUCAAAUCAAACAGAAUUAGCGCAAGAAACAAUUAAACAGUGCAAGGAAAAGAAUGUUCAAUGUCAUCUUGCUGAAGGAGUUUUAGAUUUAAUAAAUUUCAAAUAUAAAUCGGCAUACGAACACUUUGAUCAGCUUGAUGGAGUUAAUGACGCGUAUAAAUACAAAACUUACAUACAUUAUGCAUUCGGAAACGUAAGCAAAGCGUAUUCUUGUUCAAGAAACUGUUUUUCUCAAGACGGAAUCUUUGUUUACACACAACAUUGUUUAAGAAUUAUUACAUCUAACGAUUUACCGUCCUAUUUUAAUGGAAAAAACGGAAGUUAUACAUUGGCCAAUUUUUUGAUUGCCGGAAUUUACAAAUCCUUAGCAUCCCCGAUCGAGGAAGUCCCCGUAGAUUUAUAUAUACCCCAUGAUGUCCUUAUGAAUCCCAAUACCUUCGCAGAUCUUUCACUUCCUGAAGCGAAAUUCCCAGAUAACUUCGUAGAUAGUGCCACAGAACAGUCAGAAGUAGAUUUAUUGAUAAGAAUAGCAGCAAAGAUUCAUAUCUCAGCCGCUCCAGGUAAAAGAGAACGAGUUUGUUGUGGAUUAGCUCUAAUUCAAGUUGUUCAAAUGUUAUUAUCCCAAAAAGUAACAUUAGCAACAUGUGUUGCACAGAUAUGUCAUUGGCUGAGGCUCAGUGAUCCAACAUCUUUCCUUGAUUACAGGAAAAACGAACCAUUAAAGAUAUUUUUACACAAUGGUUCAUUUGACACUGUUUUAGAUUGUUAUUCCAGUUCUGUGUUCAAUUUCCUAAAGAACAGGCUUCAGAAGCCAUUUGGAAGCACUCUUCCUCUACGUCAAGGCCAGAAAGACCUCGGAACAGCCAUGGAAAGCGCAGAGUGUCCUGAUGAUUUAAGUGAUAUUUUCAAAAACCAAAUUGAUAUUUCUGUUUCUGAGACUGUUUCGAUCUUUUAUUCGAGGGAUAUAUAUGGAUAUAACUUCGGACUAAGUGUGCAACCUCCUUCUCCUUCAAUGAUGAUGAAUCUUGAUGUGAUUUGGUGUGGUUUAUUAUCAAUGAUUUCGUCAAGAAAUGUUUCGAAAGAAUCAACAGCAAAAUUCGUUGAAAAAGCAACAGAAUUUCUGUUUUCUUGGAUGUUUUCAAGCCCUCUGAUGACAAUGAAUGAUGUUGUUGGUGCUAUCCUGUUUAGAGCUUUGAUGUGGGCAUUCUUUGGUGCAGAUGUUAUCAAAGAAACUCCAGAACCAAUUGUGAUGCACGUUGACGCUGUUUUGACAAAUUUCGCACCUUUGUAUCAGAUGUACAUGUUGCCUCAUAUAAAGAUUUCUAGCGAGGGACAGACAGUUGAUAGGCUUCCUUCUGUGCUGCAGGCGUUUCCAAGCUACGUUCAUAGAAUUAGAUCUCUUUUAAACAUAGGAAGUGAAGAGAUUCCUGAGACCUUUGAUUUCAGGAAGGCAAUUCAACCUGUUUAUUGCACAGGACCACUUGGAUCAGCAAUGGAUAUAUAG